CAAAAUAAAUAAAUAAAUAAAAUCACCACCCUCCUCCGCCAUGGCGUCGCCGGCGACGGAAAAUCCGCCACCCACCUACACAGACACAGUAGAAGAAAUCACCAGAAUCUACAAGCAACUGCCGCCGAGACCCUCAAUUGAAGAGGUGGAGGCCGCCAUUUCCGUACUCCAAACCGUCGAAACCGAACAAAACCUUCAGCUAGAUGAGAUAUCGAAGCAGCAAACCCCGCCGGACGUUCCACCGGAACUGUUCUCCGUUCUGCAGGAAGUGAAGAGAACCAUGGUCUCGUUCCGCAGCCACGACCAGCGGAAAGAGGCGGCGCAGCUGGUCGAGACCGACAGAAUAUUCCAGGUGUUUGAUGGGCUCAUUCAGAAGGCUUCUUCUCUGGUUUCCGGUAAACCCCUGUCGGAGAUAGUCCCCGUUGAUUGUGAUGUUGGAACAGAGAUCGUGAUCAGCGAGAAGAAGAGUGAAGAUUGUGCUAAAAUUGGUGCUGAUUUGAAGGGGGUUGGUCCCGCAAGUUCGUCUUCGAAACUCGUCGGUUCGACCUCAGGGGUAAAAGAUGAAGAAAAAUUGAAUCUGAUGAAAGUGGCUGCAUUGAUCGAAAGCUCCGCCAAAACGGGGGCGACUAUUUUAGAUCUUCGAGGCAAGCUAAUGGAUAAAGUCGAAUGGCUUCCAUUAUCUCUCGGAAAGCUAACAACUUUAUCCGAGUUAUAUUUAUCGGAAAAUCGGAUAAUGGCUCUUCCGCCUUCAAUAGGCAGCCUCAUUACCUUAACGAAGCUCGAUAUCCGUUCGAACCAGAUCAUAAAUCUUCCACCUUCGUUCGGCGAACUGCAAAAUUUAACCGACUUGGAUCUUUCCGCAAACCUAUUGAAAUCACUGCCGGAAUCUUUUGCAAACUUGAUAAAUUUAAUCAAUCUUGAUUUAAGUACGAAUCGGUUCUCGAAGUUGCCUAGUGCAGUUGGAUAUCUAAUUUCUUUGCAGAGAUUGAACGUGGAGACGAAUAAUCUCGAAGAACUUUUUAACGGGAUCGGAUUUUGCUCGUCGCUUUUAGAACUGAGGUUGGAUUUCAAUCAGCUGAAGAAUCUUCCGGAAUCAAUAGGGAAGCUCGAGUGUUUGGAGAUUCUCACUUUGCAUUAUAAUAGGGUUAAAAAAUUGCCCUCUCCGAUUGGGAAUCUUUUGAAAUUGAGGGAGCUCGACGUUAGCUUUAACGAACUCGAGAUUAUACCGGAAACACUUUGCUCCGCGGUGAAUCUUGUGAAAUUGAAUUUGGGGAAGAAUUUCGCCGACUUGAGAAUGUUGCCACAGUCGAUUGGGAAUCUUGUGAUGCUUGAGGAUCUUGAUAUUAGUUAUAAUCAGAUAAAAAAUUUGCCCGAUUCGUUUGGGUCGCUGUCGAAAUUAAGACACUUUCGCGCCGAUCAAACUCCUUUGGAAGUGCCACCUAAGGAAAUUACGAAAUUGGGUGCUCAGGAUGUGGUGAAGUAUAUGGUUGAUUUUGUUGCGGAGGAGGGGAAAUUUCGACUGGCGAAGAGGAAAAAAGGGUUCUGUUCUUAUAUAUGCCCUCUGCUCUGUUUCGGCAUUGGGAACGAAUAACUUUUCCACGAGGUAAGAAACGUAAAAAGUAAUAAAGAUUAUCCCUGUGUGUGUAUAUGUGUGAAUUUGAGGGUCGACGGUGAUGGAUUCGAUACCUUGAAAACGAUGGUAAUGAACAUUUAAUUUAAGCAUCUUUUUUAAUAUGUAUAAUUUUGUGAUUUAUUACUUUGGAAGAGAUUGUUUGUGUUGUAGUUGAUUUUACUGUACAGAAGAGUGAAUGUAGACAUACUAUUUCAUUUGUUUGGUGUGAAUCGAAAUGGUUGAGUAUAGUUUCGAUCUGG